AUGGCUCCUAGAUCAAAGGUCGUCCGUCCGUCCGUACCGGCCACACUCACACUCCUCUCCUCACUCACCCGCGGCCUCCCGAAUCCCACUACUACCUUCUCCUCGACUUCACUCACUCUACAUCCCGCACUUACUGAUGUUCUUCAAGAUAAAACUGUCGGCAAUACUUCUCCUGGGGCUUUGGUGUAUCAGCUUCCAGUGGAAGGAGGGAAUUGGACAGUCUCGUCGAUUGUCCAGGACUCCACGCCAAGGGACGCAGAUAAUCCGAAUAACCUGUACGCCCUAUCAGGCGAUUGGCACAUUGGCAGGACGCCAGGUGUGGUGGCUAUCCAGAAGACGCGUCAUGGGGAGAUGGGUCACCAGUUCUCGGAGAUGGACGCCAUCAUCAUUGGGGGGGUGUUCGACCCGAAUGCGUGGUCGUUUGUGGUUUUAUCUGUAUCUGCAUGCCGGGAUACUAGAGACAUCAACGAAUCCGGGGGUGGUCGAGGCUGCGGCUGCGAUGGUACUUCUCGUGCAAUAGGCUUACACGAUGAUCUGAGUCGUACGAUUGACCUCACCGACACGUUGUAG